AUGGGACUGCUUCGCACGAGCUUAUUCGUUGGACUUCUCGUCCCCGCUUUUGUACGAUCGCAAGGUCUUAAUAUCAGCGCCAUCGGCACGUCAAACAACGUGUCUACGUUGGAGUGCUGGAAUCUUGCUGCUCCUGCGUACAUUGCAGCUGGCGCGAGCAAUUACCCUAUUGGCGACUCACAAGGUAAUUUUGUCGGUGUUAUACCUCCUACAACUUAUAUUGGGCAGGCAUUCGCACGCCAAGUUCAAUACUCCAUCUUCCUUUCCGGUCUUGCCUACAUUACAGUACCGGAGGGUUGCGGCAACAGCAGUACGAGUCAAGCAUAUUUUCACACAGGUGAUAUCUUGAUUGCUACUGAUAUGCACAAUGUCUCAAGCUCCGGCCACUUCAUAGAGUUUCCGAGCGCGGCAGACACUGUCAUUGCCCAAUUUCCGGUAGCUGGCAACUCAGUGCCGGCACAUACUGUACUCCAUGCGGGAAGGUGCUCGAAGAUUGACGUGGCCGCAGCAACCUAG